AUGAAAUCUGUCGCCGACGCAACACCACCGCUGCAGCAACCACCCUCCUCCUCGCUCUCGCUAGCGCUCAACGUCAUGAGACCCUACGAGAUGGUGCACCACUUGGUCUCAUGCAACGCCGUCGUCGUCUUCAGCGUCACCGACUGCUGCAUGUCCACCGUCGCCAAGCGCCUCCUCUUCAGCCUCGGCGUCGGCCCCACCGUCGUGGAGCUCGACGAGCAGACCAACGGUACCGGAAUCCGGUCGGUCCUCCACCAGCUUUCCGGGACCCACCAGCCUGUUCCUGCUGUGUUCAUCGGUGGAAAGUUCGUCGGUGGGGUGGAAACCCUCAUGGCCAGUCACAUAAAUGGCACUCUGGUUCCACUGCUCAAAGAAGCUGGAGCUUUAUGGCUUUGAAUUCACUUGUUUAUGUGAAUCUCAAGAGAUAGAUAAGGUAGUGAUAUUCAU